AGCAAAUUGUGUGUUUAUUUGUUUUGUUUUUUGCAACCAGCUUGAAAAAGGUUUGUUACAUUGUCAUAAAUUUGCCACAAUACAGGUCUAUUCUUGAUAAGAUUGCUUUUUAAUGCCUGAAUGAUACAUAAGUCAGAGAAAUGUGUGUGAAAAGCACAAGUCUUCAUCUGAUAAAUGYUUAGAAUAAAACUGAGUGAAAAAACAGGCAAAGUAAAUAAAUAAAACCCAUUGAAAGACAUUAAAAAAGUUAUUAGAAGAUAAAAAUGGUGACUAGAAACUAUGACUUCUCAAGGAAAAUAUAAAUACAUAAAACUUGCUUAGAAAGUGAGAUCCUCCAGAAUCCAGCACCCCAACCCAUUUGGACGUUGCUUAUCCCAUACUUAGUUUGACAUUUUAUCUAAACUUGACAUUUGGUGCCCAACAUGCAGCAUUAUAAGGCGUCACUGAAAGUUCUGGCCUCUAUUCUAAUUCACAGAUGAACACUUGAUGAGUUUCAGGUAAAACUUCAACGAACCAACAGCUGAUCAGCAGAUCAAAAUGGAAAUGGAGGUUGUGAUGAUCAUGAUGAUUGUGCAGAUUCAGUCUGUUUGGUUGGCAUACCUGACAUUCCCCAUCCAACCGCUUUUAUAAGUGACACCGUACGCACACAAAGGACUUUGAACUACACAUAUAUGCAUAUUUGAUAGAAAUUACAGAUAAAACAAACAGGCAUUCUUCAUUAAACUAUAUGAACUUUACUUAUAAAGGGACAAUGUAUAACUCAAACAUAAAUGUCACUAUUUGAUGCAUUGUACCAGAUUAUAGCACAAGCUAAUUCACCCUUGAAAAUGGAUAUACAAUGCAAUAAUCCAAUAAAACAGAAAGUUGUGUUCUAAUCACAAAACACAAACAUAUAUUCUCUUAUAGCUCUCCUUAAUCUGAUUUUUUUCAAAUAAAAGUGUAAAUAUCUGCAUUUCCAUGUCUUCUAAAAAAGUGUUUCUCUUCGYAAACUGAAUCACUUGAAAAAAUAAAGGACCUGGUUUGGGAUUUUAGGUAAUGAGUUUGCAUAAAAGGAUGCAAUAUUAGUGAAAAAAUCUCUGUUCUUUAGGUGAUCAGUUUGAUCUGAGAGCAGCCGCCAUCACAAAAACACAAGAAAGACAGAGGAGGAUAGUAAUGUUCUGUUAGUCAUAACUCACAGUAUCAAGUUUAACCAAUAAAUUACCAUCAAGUAGGCAAAUUAUCUAACUUGCCAUCCAAAGUUAAAGCUUAUUUUGAAGUUGAGUUCACAUUUUUUUCAGGCGGCAAUUGAACUCAAGUUUUAAAAUUUAAUAACCAUAAUGAUUUUUAAGAAGAGAAAGAUGAAGUAGCUACAAGUUAUUGUGAGAAACAUCCUGUGAAACUACAUUCUUUCUGGGAGUUUGGUGACACGUGGAAACCAAAACCACAACAUCUGAGCUCAUCUGCCUCUGAUGAAGUUAGAUUUAUUACUAAUUCUGUAGAGUUGAAACUAAAAAAAAUUGUUACAGUUAAAAAGAAAUCUGUUACUCAUAUUCACAAAACUUCAUUGCCAAGGAUGCAUGCUUUGUUUCUUUGAGGUCUACAAGAUUUUAGAACCAAACUGUUCCUCCUUUUUUAUUUAGCUGCAAAAACCAUGGAUUUAUUAUUAAAACACCAGUUCAAAACCAGAACAAGUUGACCGGAUUCUUAAAUCUCAUCUGUUCUUUAUCAGACAUCAGAAAUUUGCAUAAAAAAGCCUCUCUGAAACACCACUCUCUCUUUUUAUUUUUAUUUUCCUUGUGGUGGCAGGUGAGGAUGAAAAAGAGCCCCGCCUGCGCGCGGCGCGCCACACCUGUCCAUUUGGAGACAAACAGGAAAGUCUGAUCUCUCCCCCUCCUCCUCCUUCAGUUUCAGUUGAUUUAUUUUAAAGAACCAUCUGUUUAGUUGUCAGAAGUCACUCGUUUCAGUUUGUUUGACCCACAGCAGCAACAGCAGCAGCCAUGCCGGAAGACUUUCGGCGGAUGUUCUCCAGAGAGAGGCACACGACAUGGAUCCGGAGAACUUUGCGCACUCCGGGCAUCCUGAUCUUCGGGGCGGUGAUGGGACCCUGCGGGUGGAUCCUGAACCUGGUCUGCACCGUGGCCCCAAACUGGAGGACCUUCGGCAGUAUCCCACAACAACCAGCUUCGUAUGUCAUUGAACAGGGGGUCUGGGACGUUUGUUCAACCAACACGGCAGGGGUGCAACAGAGCUGCAACCUGCAGGACGCCACGUACUUCAACGACAACACGGUGGUGAAGGUGGCCCAGGGGAUGAUGGUCGGCUCCCUGGUCGUGACUCUCAUCGGUCUGGGCUUCGCCAUCCCGGGGUUGCGCUGCUGGGCAGAGAAACCCCAGUGGGUAGUCUGCGCCAUCGCCGGGUUUCUGUUCUUCUCCUCCGGCGUCCUGGUCAUCAUCCCCGUCGCCUGGUACACGUACGGCAUCGGCAGCAUCACGUCGGUGUACCUGCAGAACGGGGUCACGAUCCGCGUGGGCUACUGCAUCAUCCUGGGCUACAUCGGCGGCAUCUUCGAGGUGCUGGGCGGAAUCGUCAUGAUGGUCGGGAUCGUCCGCUGCUGCGGGGGCAGGAACCGGGGCGAGAGGCGGCUGGACGAGGAAAUCGUCCGCCAGCACCGGCGCCGGCACCCGGAGCAGUACCAGCAGCCCCCGCCCAAGCCCGAGCCGAGGCGCGUGGAGGUCCCGAGCCUGAGCCGGACCAGGAGCAGCGCCGGCAGCAGCGUGCCGUACACCAGAGACAACCUGGAUGAUGACGUGUCCUUCCCCAGGGCCAAGACCCCCGGGGGGCAGUCCGGGAACAGCUCGUUCAACGGCAGACCCUACGAUGCAGACCUAUGAUCUGAAAACGCACAAGGAGGAAAACUUUGCACAGAGAACAAAGAACAUUUAAAGUGUUGUAGUAAUAAGAUUAAUUACCACAAAGUACCAAAAAAAAAGAGUCAGAAACAGUGCAUUAAAAUAAAUCUUAUAGAUAAGGAGCUUGUUAUAAAAAAAGAAGAAUGUAUGGCAUUCCAUUUGUGUCAAAAGUAGAAUUAUGUUCACGUUGGAAUCAUUGAAGAAAAUAGUUAGAAAAAACAAGUAAAUGUUGAUUUAAAGUUCUGUUUUUUGUUGUGACACUGGAAGGUUGCUGGACUCAAAAUGUACAAAUCUUUGAGAAAGGUUUUCCAUUUUAUUUCCUUUAACAUUUGCCAAUUCACACCUCUUUUCUUUUUUUCUUUUUGUGUUUUUUUUUUUUUGCACUUUACAAUGAAGACCCAUCCUCGUCUUAACGCAUGUUUAAACAGAAGCAAGAGAUUCGUUAUUCACCAGUUGUUCUGUACGUCUUUCUAUUAAAUCUGCUGUCUUUCUUGACCAA